GCUGUAUAGAAUUUUUUCCAUAAUUAGGGUUCCGUAAAGUGAUGUAUUGCACCCGUCAACUCUGACUGUCAAGUCGAUUUUCCAGGUGUAAGAAUAGGAAUAAGAGGUCAAAGCUGUGCACCGUAGCGAGGCCAUUCGCACUACAAAUAGGACCGACCCGAAAUCGGCCAUGGUCUGCAACGUUUCCAAGUUACUCCGCUAUCCUGACUUCUACUCUCAGAGCGAAAUAACAACUAUGCGUCUAUGCGCGCUACGAACUUGGAUGUUAUCUGUCCUCGCUCUACAUUGGGCUACGUUUUGGGCCCUCGCCGCUCCGGCGUCUUCGAUCACGAAUAUGACAACAAUCAACGCCACACACUCCGCGCUCACGAUCGACAGCUCACCGCUGGGACGAGUCAAGGAGACGCUGCAGAAGGAGAAGCUGGCCGCCGCGCUUUGUGAUACUGCGCCAGCCACAAGCCCGAGUCGCUGCGCCGCGAUGACCCCCAGCACUUCCGGAGGACUCUCGAAACGAACGGUGUUCGUGAUGGCCGCAGCGCUUCUCCUGUUUAUAUCCAUCGUCACCGCCUGCAUCGCACUCGGUGUAAACCCACGCCCCAUGCGCGCCCAUCAGCCUAUGCAGCAUCCACACGUGCAGCCAGUCGCUGGGCAUCCUCCACAGGUUUCACACGCACCGAUACCUCUGGCCGUCAUCCCGAAUCGCCGCGCACAUGCAACAGUUGGGUUCGGCUUCUCUGUGCGGCAGUAACGUCGUGCGUGCAGUCCCACCAUCCCUCGCCGAUUGUCAUUGAUCCGCUCGCAGGAGGAUGCAGGCUGCUCGGCACUGACCGAGAGCCCAGCCACUUCGAGCCUGAUCCACGUUUUUCAAUGAGUUUAGAUGUUGUAUAAGGCUUUCAUAUUGCUGUGGUCAAUGCUAUCUGUUGCUUCCGUCGAGCGUACGAUUCAUACGGCCGUAUUUUCCCGGCCUCGCAGCAGCAACCGGAUCGCCCCAUGCAAUGCCACGCGACCGUGCAUUCGAAUCGAUUCGCCAGAUCACGCCCACAGUCGCCCUUCCGACCGAAAACCUGGUAAGAAUUGAGAGUCGGUAUCGGAUGGAGAGCCGCGCAUGACUGUGCAGAGCGUGCCAGAUAUUGACCAGGCGCGGCGAUAAAGAGGAGGCGCGAGUCAGUCGGUCGCACUUUGAUGAGCGCUGUUGUCUAGAGUGCGCGUCCCAGAUCCAGGGGAGGCGUAGUUCCAGACGAUUCCGAAAGAGAAUGUGACAAGGGGUUGCUUGUGAACCUCGGAAGUGCGGGCAAAGAUCCAGCAACCUAUGUCCAAAGUGGCGCGUUGGCCUCGAAGACUCGCGGGCCAGGCGCCUCCACGGGAUGAAGCUUUGAAGGCUCAUUCCGACAUUGCAGCAAGUAUGCACGCUGCAGCAGCUGUCGUGUGGUAGUGGAGCAAAUGAGUCACCCCGAGGGUGGUGGAAGUAUGGGAGGAUCCAC